AGAUUCUUCAUUAUUAACACCCUCUUAUACAGUGCUCUUUGAAAAUGAUUUAAAUAUAAGACGUGGAAUACUGGUAACGAAGUUCUUUUGUCUUUGAUACGUCCGCUUUACUAUGAUAAAUAUUCUUUGUAACUGUCGAGAGAAGCUCACAUCAAAUAUUUAAAUUUUAUUCUUGAGGAAAUGUCGUCAGGAAUUUAGUGAAUCAAAAAUCGAAAGUAAACAACAUGCAGCUUGGAAGAACGAGAUCGCAUACGCUCAGAGAAAAGAAACCAGCACGGAACAUUAACACUGGUUCACUUGAUGCCAUCAACAAAAGUAUGACCAGCCUGGCAUUUACGUCUCGAGCUCGCACUCAAAGUUUAGCAGAAAAUGUCAUACGUGGCCAAGAAACAUACGAAUUUGAGAUACCUUCAUUGUCAAAUCCAUUAGUAAACACUCCUCCGCAGCAAAGAAGAAACAGAAGUAGAACAUUAGUAGAAGAAAUUGAUUUAACAAUGUAUAAAGACAAAACGAAGGAGAAAAAAACUGACGUUUCUGAUUGUUGUUAUAAUCAAGACAGAACGCAUGAGAUUGGGAAAAUAAAAUGUUCGUUGCAGUUUUUGAAAAAUAAGAUUUUAAUUGAAAUUCUUGGUGUGGAUGUCAAACAUCACCCAUCAUCUUUCGUUAAUGGUUCCACAUGGAUAAUAAAGCCAUUAAUGAAAAUUGAAGUUAAAAAAAAUAACCAAUCACCGACUGUAAAAAGAAAACAAUCCGUAUUUCAAAGUAUAACACAAAAAACUGAAGCUGUAUGGACUACUGGUUAUUGUUGUGAACUACCUUUUAAAAAUAAGCAACCAUCAGAUUAUAAUCUUCGCCUAACAUUAUAUGAUGCAGACCGACAUAACACAGAACUAGUUAUAGGUUAUUUUCACGUGCCAAUUGAAAAUAUUGCCCAGGCUGAAAAUGCACUUUUUGUUGAAGACGAAAUUGUGCCUAAUUCACAGUCAAGUUACGCAACACCACGAGGUGAAAUAGUUACCAGGUUAAGAUGGAAUUCAAAUACGAAAAGCUUCGAUGGUGAAAUUUUAUCUUGCCAUUAUGAGAAAUAUUCAAGUGAAUCAAACACAGAGAAGGAACUUUUCGUUAAAGCAACGUUAAUUGUUGGUAGCGAGGAAGUAAUGGAGCACAAAACAGGAAUCUUUUCAUCCGCUACAGAUGUUUCAAUCGAUAAAAAGUUCAACUUCCUUCUCGGUUCUCCACAUCAUAUUCACAAUACAAACAUUCUGUUACAGUUAUUUGAAAAACACUCAACAACAAACGAAUGCGUUGGAAGAUCGUUGAUUGGUCCUUAUAUGCCCUUCACAGAGAUGAACAAUACUCAGUCAUGCUGGGAGAAAAUGAUCAUUGAUCCAAACAAGGAUAUUGAAUAUCGCGCUAUUGUUUACCAGUAGAUGUAUCAAAUUCUUUCAACCAGAUGUAAAAUUAUGUAAUAAAUAUAUUUAACAUUAAUGAUUUUUUU